AUGUCGCAAGUUCCGCGAGGGACUGAUGAAAGCUCGCCGACUUCGUCUAAAAAUCAGACUGGCUAUUCUGUCAAUAACGGCCUCAUCCCGCGGGAUUAUUUAGCUCGAUCUGAUCAACGCCCCGGACCUGCUCCUGGUUCCCGACAUAUCACACCUUCCCCGUUGCAUACAAGUUCCCUACCUCAGUCGUACCGUGUCGAAGGAUCUGCGUCACAGAGCCCUCUUUCUCCGAAAUCCAACCCUUCCUCCCAGAAUCGGUCGCCAGUCACUCGCGCGGCUAAUGCGCAAUACCCUGCGCCACCAUUCAGCCCUGGUCAGAGCAUGUCGCAAUCACCUGAAAUGGUAGGAACAGAGUCGGCAAAUGUCAGCGGCCGGCCUGGCGAAAGCAGUAUGACAAAAUCAUCCCGUGCGCCAGAGCCCGAUCGAUCUGCUUCUUCGUCCGUCAGCUCUAUACACUCGAUGCCAGGAGAUCGCGCACCCCAUCGUGUCAUCCCUCGCACCUCAUCGAUCGACUCUGCUAUUUCAUCCCUGUCCUCGAAUUCUCAGAAAUCUACAUUUGAUCCGAAUGCUCUGAGUUCAGCCGAUAUUAACAAUCUCAUCAACGCCGCUGGGUCUGCCGAGGCUGUGAUCGUGCACCUAUUGAAAGAGAAACAUCAAGCGGCUUCGCAGAACGCGCAACUUUGGAAAUUGGUUGAUAAACAAAGAACUUUGAUCCUCGGCCUUAACAAGGAUCUAGAGCGUGCUUUUCAAGAGAAGGAUAAAUAUCGGAAAAAGCUCAAAGAUAUACAAGACGCGCCGCCAUUCCCCGUUGCUGAGCUCUCGACCUCUAUGGCCGCGCCAAGUAGUGACAAAGAGAAUGUGUCGCGCAAACCUGAUCAACCAUCGAUUGUACCACCAUCUGAAAUCUCUCGACGGGGCUUUGAAAACACCACAAGCCCGGUCUCCCCCACAGAUAUCCCAUCUCCAAUAGGAGACGGAAAGAGCAGGUUUCCCCAUCCAAACCGCAGGCCACCGCCUGCGCCUCUGAAUCUACGACAAGGAGACAAUAAAAGAGCAUCUUCAGCUUCUGAUUCUGAUCCUGAUUCCGAUUCCGAUUACGGCGACACCGAAGAUAUAAAUGGAAUUCCGAGUGCGGGCCGCGGACGGCGAAAGACGAGAGAGCAGGACGACCAAGACCGCGAAGCUACAUUACAGAAGGAUAUGCUUGCCUCUACCGGUUCUGCGGGACCACUCCAAGCAGCAUCCUCUAAUAGCUCCCGAGACACAGCAACGUGUAGCCCGGAAACGGUACCCAGGGAGCUUUCUACGAGAUCACCACCGAAUGUGGGUGAUUCUAACUCACUGGGGUCGCUUUUGGGCUCUCGACCGCCUCCCGCUUCGUCCUUUGGCGGGCGCUCCAUCGUCGCCAUGCCCAUGAGCCCCGGGCUGCCUUUGAGUCCCAGACCAGAAGAUCGACCUAUCAAUUCCCCCAUGCCUCGCAUGCCACGAGAUGCAUCCACUUCCGUUGCAGCCGGGUAUCAAGCCCCAGGAUUGCCGCUCUCGCCUAGAAUGGCCAAUCACCCUAUGGGCUUUGCUCCUAUCCCUUCGGGACGUCCCAGUGGCCCUAUACCAUCAAUUGACCCCACUGUCAUGAUUGACAGUCCAAGAUCCGCAACUUUCCCCGACAAUCAAAUUUACCGAGGAUUGAUGUCUGAUGAAUAUCAAGGUCUACUUUUGCCUCCUAAUGCCCUUCCUUUGGUUCAAGUCAGAGUAUCUUCGUCGCGCCUUCGUCCCUCUCGAAACAGCUAUAUGGCAUCCAAGCCUCUGGACGAGGAGCCUGUUUUCACUCUCAGUGUGAUCCUUCGAUCAGAGAUGUCAGAGCUAUGGCGAGUUGAAAAGGUCAUUGGUGCCUUGCCGCAGCUGGAUCAGAGAGUUCGACAAUCUUGUCCGCUCCCUGCAAAACUACCAGAUCGAAAUAUUUUCAGUGGACACUCCCCUGCGAAGAUUGACUUGAGACGUGCCGCACUAAAUGCAUAUUUUGACAGACUUCUGGACACGCCAGUGGACGAGAAUGCCGCUCUAGCUAUCUGCCAAUUUCUGACAAGUGAUGCCAUCGAGCCUCGAGACGACGAGACAAGUAUACUGAAAGGACUCACCCAAACAAGGCCUGAUAUGCCACGUGGGCCCGACGGAAAGCCUCAAAAGGAAGGUUAUUUGACCAAACGAGGCAAGAACUUCGGUGGCUGGAAAGCGAGAUAUUUUGUUCUCGACGGCCCAGAGCUGAGAUACUACGAAUCUCCGGGUGGUCCGCACAUGGGUACUAUCAAACUUCAUCAUGCCCAGAUUGGCAAGCAGUCACCAAAACCCACCGAGACUGCUCCACCUACCGGGGGCGAGGAAGACUCUGACAACCAGUAUCGCCAUGCAUUUUUGGUUCUGGAACCGAAGAAAAAAGAUUCCUCGGCACUUGUUCGGCAUGUUCUUUGCGCCGAAAGCGAUGAGGAGCGCGAUACAUGGGUCGAUGCUCUCAUGGAGUAUGUUGAGAGUGCUUCUUCCGAGAAUGAGGGACGCGGCAGCAUAUCAUCCAAGAGUCAACCUCAGUCUCAAGACGAAUCCCAGACUCCGCAAAAGCAACUUCUCUCGGGAACCGAGACCAAAUCUAAAAUCUUCAAUGGAAGCAAGAGAUCCGGCCGUGGAGUUGACAGUCCCGACCAAGAUCUAGGGGGUGUGCAGGGGUUCAGCUUUGAGGAUGCAGUGCAAGCUGAUCCUCCCACCAUUGGUUCCACUCUGGAGCAAGCUCCCCGAUCCCCACGAAUCCCGGCUUUGGCGACUGAAUACAGGGACAUGUCUUCUCCCGAUCAAGCAAUGCAGUCUCCCAGACUGAUUUCUAGACCCACAAACGGCACAGUCAUCCAGGACGUGGAAGCCUGGGGCAACAAGGCAAAAACGUCGACAAAAGAAAAGAAACGCAGUAUCUGGGGUUUCCGCACUAGAUCCUCCUUUGAUCUUGCCACUCAGACCAGCAGCGAUACAUUAGUAGCAAGCAACAAUGUUGAGAGGACAGGUCCUGUCAGACCUGUAUUUGGUAUACCCCUGGCCGAGGCUGUUCACGAUUGUGGGCCACCAGGGAUUAAUGUGGAGCUGCCUGCAGUAGUUUAUCGUUGCAUUGAAUAUCUCCAUGCCAAGGAAGCAGCCUUGGAGGAAGGAAUCUUCCGUCUGAGCGGUUCCAAUGUGGUGAUCAAAGCUUUGAAAGAACGUUUCAACACUGAAGGUGAUGUUGAUUUCGUGUCUGGAGAUCAGUACUACGACAUCCAUGCCGUGGCUUCUCUAUUCAAGCAAUACCUUCGAGAGCUUCCGACGACCGUCUUGACCCGGGAACUUCAUUUGGACUUCCUUCGCGUUCUCGAACUUGACGAUCGCCAAAAGAAGGUCGCUGCCUUUAACUCCUUGGUGCACAGACUGCCCAGUCCCAAUCUAGCACUGUUACGGGCUCUAUCGCAGUUCUUGAUCGAGAUUGUUAACAAUUCUGAUGUGAACAAGAUGACGGUCAGGAAUGUGGGCAUUGUCUUUGCCCCAACUCUCAAUAUUCCGGCGCCGGUAUUCUCGAUGUUCCUCACAGAUUACGACAGUAUCUUUGGCGAUAAUGAUUCGAGGGUUGCUAAGCCUAUGGAACUGACAGUUGAAAGCAAUCUGUCGCCCGAUGACAUUCGUUCCCCACGUCAUCAGAUGUUCUCAGAUCUCCCUACACCUUCGUACCAGCAGACUUCGUUCCGAACCGCUGGUGAUGGGAACGGUCCUUCUGAUAGUGCCAGAACACAUCAUGACACCGGUUUCACCCCAAUUCAACCUAGCUAUGACCAACCGACGUCCAGACAUGAGCAGUACAACCAACCUCCGGGUGCCGGCGCUCCCUAUUCUUCUUUGAAUGGCAUGUUGGUGCCUAGCUCAGAGGACACUCGCUCGACAAAGACGAAGCGACGGGAGAGUUCCAUGCUCUUUAUGGAUGACCCUUCCUUCUACCAGGGCAAUUGA